AUGAAGACGACCUGGAAGGAUAUCCCACCUGUGCCAACGAACCAGGAGUUCUUGGAUAUCGUUCUCAGUCGCACACAGAGACAGCUCCCUACACAGAUCCGUUCUGGUUUCAAGAUCAGUCGUAUCAGAGGUUUCUACACCCGUAAGGUCAAAUAUACUCAGGAAACAUUCUGCGAAAAGUUCCAGGCAAUUCUCGAUGGAUUCCCCAGAUUGCAGGAUAUCCAUCCUUUCCACAAGGAUCUGAUGAACACCCUUUAUGACGCCGACCACUUCAGAAUCGCUUUGGGCCAGGUAUCGACCGCCAAGCAUCUCAUCGAAACCGUGUCUCGCGACUAUGUCCGCCUCAUCAAAUAUGCUCAGUCUCUGUUCCAGUGCAAGCAGCUCAAGCGUGCCGCCCUGGGUCGUAUGGCCACCAUCUGCAGACGUCUGAAGGAUCCUCUUGUCUACCUGGAGCAGGUUCGGCAGCAUUUGGGUCGUCUCCCUUCCAUCGACCCCAACACCCGGACUCUCCUGAUCUGCGGGUACCCCAAUGUCGGAAAGUCCAGCUUCUUGCGCAGCAUCACCCGUGCCGAUGUCGAUGUCCAGCCUUAUGCUUUCACCACGAAGAGUUUGUUCGUCGGCCAUUUCGACUACAAGUACCUGCGAUUCCAGGCGAUUGACACCCCUGGUAUCCUGGACCACCCUCUGGAGGAAAUGAACACGAUUGAAAUGCAGUCCAUUACCGCUAUUGCCCAUCUUCGCUCUGCCAUCAUGUACUUCAUGGAUCUUUCCGAGCAAUGUGGCUACUCGGUCGCCGAUCAGAUCAAGCUCUUCCACAGCAUCAGACCUCUGUUUGCCAACAAGAUCGUCUUCCUGGUGGUCAACAAGAUUGACGUCCGCCGUCCCGAGGAUCUCGAGCCGGAAUACCAGGAGGAGAUCCAGAAGAUCCUCAAGUCCGGCGAUGUGGAGAUGCUGCAGCUGUCGUGCGCAACCACCGAGGGUGUCACCGCUGUGAAGAACGCUGCUUGCGACAAGCUCCUGGCCGAGCGGGUGGCUCAGAAGCUCAAGUCUGGGACCAACAGCUCCGGGACCCCCGGAGGUCGUCUGGGCGACGUGCUGGCGCGUAUCCACGUGGCACAGCCUGUCGGUGGCGUGCGUGAGGUAUUCAUCCCCGAGGCGGUCAAGGCCUUGAAGAAGUACGACAAGGACGACCCGAACCGGAAGAAGCUCGAGCGGGACAUCGAGGAGGAGAACGGCGGUGCCGGUGUGUACAACGUCGACCUCAAGAAGAACUACGCGCUGGCCGACGACGAGUGGAAGCACGACAAGAUCCCCGAGGUCUGGAACGGCAAGAACAUCUACGACUUUGUGGACCCGGACAUCGAGCAGAAGCUGGCCGCGCUGGAGGAAGAGGAGGAGAAGCUCGAGGCGGAGGGCUACUACGAGUCGGACGAGAGCGUCGAGGACGCGGAGGACGCAGACACUCGCAUGAAGGCGGACCUGAUCCGCGAGAAGCGCGCGCUGAUGCGCAACGACGCCAAGCUGCGCAAGUCGCUCAAGAACCGGGCGGCCAUCCCCCGCAGCGCCAAGGCCAAGAAGCUGUCGCAGAUGGAGCAGGCUCUGGACGCGGCCGGCUACGACGUCGACGCCGCCGCCGCCCGAGCCCGCUCCCAGAGCCAGGUGCGCGGCCGCACCACCACCCGCAGCGAAGUCGACGCCAGCGACGCCAUGGACAUCGACGGCUCGGAUCCUCGCCAGGCUAUUGCCCGUGCCAAGAGCCGGGCCCGCAGCCAGGCGGCCACCAACCGUCUGAUGGACGGUGUGACGGACACGACUUCCCGCAGCAAGGCCGAGCGCCUGCUCAAGCUGGGCCAGAAGAAGAUGAACCGCAUGGCCCGCCAGGGAGAAGCAGACCGACACACGACCGCCUCCUUGCCCAAGCAUCUGUACACCGGCAAACGCACGAUCGGCAAGACCCAGCGCCGGUAA